CCUGGCUCUCCAUUUUCUACCUAUAGGGGUCUUCCCUUAAAGCUGUGUGCCUCCUGUCAGCUUUAGCAGCCUGGUGGUUUCCUUCUGUUCCUCACCUGGGCACGCAGUGUGGGAGGAGGGCAGGUGCUGCAACCCUGGCUACGGCUGCAUGCUUCAGCAAGGUGUGGUGCUGUGCCUGAGUCCUCUACCUGGUGUGUCACAGAGUGUGUUGCUAAGAGGAGGCUGCAGGAGGGAAGCUGCCUUCCCCACGUCAGGUUAUCCUGCUCUUCCUGGCUCUUGAUUCAAGCAAAGGCAUCAUCUUGGCUGGGUUUUUUUUCCUGACUGUUGAAACUCAGCAACUGCUCUGGCCAAGUAUUCCUGGAGUAAAGCCCCAGCUCCUGUACCAUGUACCAGCCCAGCUUUGUACCGCGGGACUACUGUCCAGCCAUGAUCCCAUCUCCUCCCCACACCUACCUACCACUGCGCCCUGCGAGAGCGGAAGACCCAAGCAGCUCCACGAUGUUCCCUCCCAUCUACAUGCACAACUUCUACAGCCGCCCCAUGACCUUUGUGAUAGACAGAAGCAGCUACCCUGACUAUGUGGGCAGUCAGGUGGAGUACCACCACUUGUACAGUGCUUCCAACCCCUACUUCCAUCCGUACUAUACCUGGCAUUUACCCCCUGUGGUCCCUGUCCCACUGUAUAAUCCCUAUGCAAACUACAAUCCCUAUGCUGCCUACCACAGGUCAGACCACUAUCGAGACACGUGGCCAGAUGGCUUCACCAUGAGAGGGGAGCUUCAGUGGGGGAAGCUUGCAAAGGUGUUUGGACCAAGGAAAGACCUCCCAGAAUUUGUGAAGGAUGAUCUCCGGAGGGUUUACGGCACCUACCCACGGACCAAUGUCUCCAUCACCUACCGGAAAGGGGAGUUCUUAGUCAAAGCGGACCCCAAGGUAGGAGAGCAGGAGUACACAGUGGAGAAAAAUGUCAUCCAGAGGGCUCUGACCCCCAGUGCCAGUGAAGCAGAUGACAGCAGUGAGGACCGCAACAGGAAGAAGAAAAAGAAACUGAGACGUUGAUGUAGUUGGUCACACAAUAAACAGAUGCUCCGCAGCUCCAGGGAGUCAGCUGGAAGCUAGGAAGCAGCUCAAGCAAUGGGUGCCACUGUUCCCCAUGGCUUUUAACUCCUCUGUGUCCCUCACAAGCUUAUGGUAGCUUCUCCUGUUUGAUGCACAAUGCCUGUCCUGUGAAGAAACCACCUGGCACUUGUCUGUCUGUCAGAUCAGCUCUUUGGUCCUGGUUUUGGAAUCCACUGGUUUGGUUGGGUGGCCAUGGGCUGGGAGGGGAUUCCCAGAGAGCAGCCCCUGGUGAGAUGGCCCUCUUCAUACACUGUCCAGGGGGAGGUCCUGGGAGCUGGAUCCCUUUCUGGCACUCACCUGAGGAGAUAAAAUUGGAUUUCCUUCAAGUUGAAGGCAGUGCAAGUCCCAGAGGGGAGAGGGGUGCUCUGGAACUGUAAAGAAUAUCUGUGUAUCAUCACUGCUGUUUUAUGGAUGUAGCACUUAUGUACUUAUGGUGUGAUGCCCGCACACAGCACUUUGCUGCACUCUGGCAGAAGAUCUCCGUGUCCUGAUCCUCUUACACUUGGUAACCUUGUGCUUGAUCCUCCUGGCCAUGUGUCCUGGCUGAAGUGGCUGCCUGAGGCUCUCUCCUGGGUCUGACCCAGCUCUGGCUGGGGGUGCUGCCUUGCUGCAGAUAGCAGAGCUCUGUGUCCUGUGGCACCUCUGCAGCUGCUCUCCUGGGUCUGAGAAUGACUUGCUUGUAAACUUGUGCUUUUUAAAUAAUUAUAAAUAAACAAUUCAAAAAAGAA